AUGUCUAAUAAUGGAAAAGAUAAAGAUAGUCAUUCUAACAUUGUAAAUAGUAAUAAUAAUAAUAAUAAUGACAAUGGAGUAAUACAAACACAAUCAUCAACAUCAACAUCAUCAUCAUCACCACCUUAUAAGAAUAAUAUUCUGUUGGACAGUCCAGAGUAUCAACAGUUUCUAAACGAUAACUUCAAUGUUGUAUCGUACACCAGUAAUGUACUAAAGAUAUCAUCUAUAUCGACAUCUCUAGAGAAACUAUCCAUUGGUAAACAAGAGAUAACUCAAGAGUUGAAUAAUAAUAUAACAAAUAACUAUCAAUAUCUAUUUAAUCAAGCAUCGAAUAUUAGAGAGUUUGAGAAUGAAACUGAACAGUUGAAAGUUGGAUUAAAGUCAUUGGAGGAAUCGAUCAUGAGAAUGAAAAAAGAGAUAUCAGAGCCAUACAAGAAUAUAAAGGGUCAGAUUAAUCAAUUGAAACGUGUACAAGAUACUUGUGAACUACUCCGAGUGGUCAUUAGAUAUCUUUCACUCAUCAAGAAACUAAAGAUACAUCUUAAAGAUGGAAGAGAUAUGGCUAAAGCUGCUCAAUCAAUACAUGAAAUAGAUACAAUUAGAAAAGAGAAUAAUCUAUCGGGUAUCACUAUUGUAGAUCAACAGGUGGAGUGGUUGAAUCGAUGUAGAGAACAAGUGGUUACCACUGCCGGUAAUCUAUUGCUACAAGGCAUGGAUACACAGAAUCAGAGUGAAGUAGCCAAUUCAUUGCAGGUGUUCUACAAUCUUGGUAUCUUGGUGGAUCGUGUCAAUUCCGUGGUUAACGCAACCACCGAAAGAGUCACCAAGUCUAUCAAAGCAAUGUUGAAUGUUAAUAAGUUGGUUAGUAGUGGUAAUAGUACUUCAUCAUCAUCAUCGACACAACACAGUCAUUCUAAUAAAAAUAAUGGUCAUUCACCCAAUACUACUACUACUACUACUACUACCAAUACAAAUAACAAUAAUAAUACCGAUCAAAACAUUUGGAGUAAGAUAGAAUCUGUUACAAGUACACUCUAUACCAGUUGCAUUCAAAUAUGGCAACUACAAAGAGUACUCUCCAAGAUUAGAGAUCCUAUUACCAACAAAACAUUGAUGGAUGUAAUACAACAAGCUGCAACCACUAACAAUACUACUAAUACUACAACAACAACAACACAAAACACAUCAACAACAACAACAACAUCAAGUUAUAAUAUAUCAUUAUCAUUCUGGAGAACUGUUACAAAAUCAUUAGAAACAAACUUAUCAGUUGCUGCAAAGUCAUCAAGUAUCAUUGAAAAUACAUUUAUUAUUGAAUAUCCAAAGAUAUCUAGAUACUUUCAAGAUUUCUCAAAGAGAUUGAUGAACUAUUGUGAUUUGCAACAGGGUGUGGUCGUAGGAAUAUCGUUGGAGGAUCAUCAGUUGUUGUUCAAGUCGAUAGCGAUGUUUGAGAGAGGCUACCUCGAGAGAACCAGAGAUAGAAUGUUGGCAAUAUUGAAUUCGAUGUUUCCUCAAUCCACUUGGGGUAGAGAUAGAUGCACUCGUUGUCCAAGGCAAUUCCGGCGACAACCAAGCGAUAUCGGCAGAGAACAAGCCGACCGUCAGUCAGGCCGUCAAUUUCUCACUGUUCAACUCGACGACACAGCUGUUCAAUUCCAUUCAGUCGUUGGUCUCCUCACACACCUUUGUGGUGGAGGUUUCCAGUCAGAUAGAACGAUCGCUCCAACUGCUAAGCAAUAUCUGUGUCAACAUUCUCGUGCCGCUUGUCAACACUUUUCUGCAUGGUGUCGAGCAGAUCAUCAAUACCAUGCAUCAGGAGGAGUGGUCGAACGACAGUGCCAUUUCAGCGAGCAGACCAUGCUCCAAUUUCAUGGAGAAUCUUCAAUACUAUAUCAACCAUUUCCAGAACUACUUCCUCUCGAAAUUCACUCCCUGUCCGAUACUCUCACAGCAAACACGUAA